AUGGGCAGAGAAAACUGGUCUGUUGUGGGCCGCCUCAAGAAAGCAGUGAAGAAGAUAAACUCGCUACUUCGCUUAAACCUAACCAAAUGGUGCAUAUCCUGCUUCCUCAAAAGCGCUUCCGGCAGGAGGAGACUGAGCCUGAGCUUUAAUGAUCGCUUGGGCUUGCAUGGUUGCAUUGAGGAUGAAGAAUCCAAUGAAAGAGGAUCGGUUCGAGCUCUUCAGAAAGUGACAAGUUAUGCCGCAGAUGAUGAUAUCGACAAAAGGGCAGAGAUUUUUAUCUCCAAUUUCCGUCGGCAGCUUCGGUUAGAAAAGCAGGUUUCCUUGCAGCUAAGGAUUGGGGCUUGUUUCAAUAGGAAUUCUGUCAUUUUCCUUGCUUUGAGAACUUGCAAUUCCGAACAAAGAGAAUCAGGGGAAGAUUAG